GGUGCCCUGAAGAAGAUUCUAAAUAUAGGACUGCCACACAUCUAAUGAAAGAAAACCCUUAAAGAUUAUUGGGUUUAAAUGAAGUUCUGGAAAAAGCAAAUUUAAUCUAUGGCAGAAAAUCAGAAGAAUGGCGGUUGCCUCUGGGAGGAAGGGGUGUUUGGGGAUGAAAUUAACAUUUAAAUCUGGAUUACCCUCCGAAAUGUGGGUAGCCCUCACCCACUCAGUUGAAGAACUGAACAGAACAAAAAGACCAGCCUCCCUGAGCAAGAAGGAAUUCACCAGCAGACUUUCUUUGGACUUCAUCUGCAUCAUCCACUCUCCUGGUCUCAAGCCUUCUGGCCCACACCGAAAAUUUGGACUUGACAGCCUCCCUAACAGUGAUUAUAAGCUUGACUUUGGCAAUUCCCAAGGCAAAACAAGUGAAACUUGGCAUGGAGGUAUAGCCACCAUUUUUCAAAGUCCUGGCGAUGAAGUAUGGGGAGUAGUAUGGAAAAUGAACAAAAGCAAUUUGAGUUCUCUGGAUAAGCAAGAAGGGGUUAAAAGUGGAACAUAUGUCCCAAUAGAAGUUAAUGUUUAUACUCAAGAAGGAAAAGAAAUAACCUGUCGAAGUUAUCAGAUGAAAAAUUAUGAGAGUGCUCUGCCAUCCCUCCAGUAUAAAAAGGUCAUUUGCCUAGGUGCAAAAGAAAAUGAUUUGCCACUGGAGUAUCAAAAGAAGUUAAAUGCAGUAGAACCAAAUGACUACCAAGGAGAAGUCUCAGAAGAAAUUGAAGACAUUAUCAAAAAGGGAGAAACAAAAGUUCAUUAGAACAUAAUAGAUAUUUUAGAUAGAAAUCUAAAUUAUAAUAGAAAAUACAGAUAUUUUCUGUAUGUGCUAAUAUAUUUUUAACAUUUGGAAAAGAGAUCUGAGGUAUCUGUAUGUUUAAUAUAUUUUCAACAGUGCUCUGAAGGGAUAUCUUACUUAGGUAAUUCCUUGUUUUCAGACUCAAAAAAGAAACUAGGUUAGAAAUUAGAUUUUGAGGGGUGCCUGGGUGGCUCAGUCAGUUAAGCGUCUGCCUUCGGCUCAGGUCAUGAUCCCAGGGUCCUGGGAUGGAGCCCUGCAUCAGGCUCCCUGCUCAGCGGGGAUUCUGCUUCUCCCUCUGCCUGCUGCUCCACCUGCGUGUGCUCUCUCUCUCUCUGUGUCAAAUAAAUAAAUAAAACCUUUAAAAAAAAUUAGAUCAUUGAAAAGGAGGCCAUGAUGCACUGGAAUGCAUGACAAAUGGAUGUGGGUACUCUUUCCAUGAACACUUAAAGUUAUUUUCUGGAGUUGAGUGUAUUCUUGCUCUGUGACAGAGGAGAGAUUUGCAACUUAACGAUCGUGCUGGUGAAUCACUCUGCUCUGGGAUUUUUUUUAAUCAGCUUAAUAAGAGCAAGCAAACUGCAGAGACAGUUGAUAUAUUUUUUUUUUAAUUUAAAAAUGGCAUACUGUUCUUAGAGAAAUAAAUGUAUUUGUGGUUUAACCUGUCUUCCCUACUGAAGUACUAUUUCACUUUGUUAGAGACUCAUAUCCUCACCCAUACUGGGUCUGAUGUUGGCUGUACACAGUCCAUACUAGAGGAUUAUUGCACAGACUCUGGAACCGGACAGCCUCGGAUCAGUUGUCAGUUCUACCACAUUCUAGCUGGGAGACUUUGGGUUAUCUGACUCUUUGCCUCAGUUUACUCAUCUAUAGAGUGAGAGCAGUUGAAACACCUAUGUCCUAGGAUUAUUUUGAGGAGUAAGUAUAUGUAAUAAGCUUAGAACCGAGCCUGGCACGUAAUAAGUAUUAGAAAUCACUAAUGUUCUUAUUGAAGAAUUAAGUUUAUACAGAGCCAUCCUUGGAACAGGAUUUUAAAGUAGAAGAGUUAAGAUUAUGAGGGGAAAACGUUUUUUGAAAGCUCCAGUUUGACUCUUGGCUUCUUAAAUUUAUUUACUGAACAAAUGGAAGAAAGAAGAGUCAUGAAUAAAACAGCACUGGUUAUCAAAAAACCAGGUCUCUGGAAUGCAGUGAGCUAGACUUUUGAAACAGGUUAUUGGAAUGAAAUGAGCUAGCUGCAGGAACAUAAAGAUUUGGUUCUCUUGGAAAAAAUAACCAAAGAACUUUUCAGCUACAGCUGAUGAAGUGGGACUGAACCAUAGACUUCAGGUUAGAUCAUGUUUUAUAGCUGUUACACCUCUAAUAUUCUAGUUUCCUCCAGUUCGUAACUCCUCCCAAGAAGACCAAGUUUGUCAGUACCUAGAACUCAGUUAUGGUAAUAUAGUGAGCAAGGCUGAGCUUUGUUGUAAAAAUAGAAUAUUAUUCUCGUAAUCUAUC